AUGACACUCCCUUGCAUUGUCCUGCUUCUUACUCCCACGCGUCUGCGAACCCGGCGCUCCGCCUUGCUCUCCCGUAUAAACACUCUGCAAGACAUCAUCUCCGCUCUGCUCAAGGAGAAGGCCCUCCCUCAGUCAGAUGGGGACCGUGCGUUAGUUGGUCUGGCUGAGAUCAGCACGGCGCUGGAGCACUCCGAAGGGAGCAGAGUAUGCACGUUGUGGUAUCUCUGGCAAGCGGAAUCGAGGUUAGACGCGCUGGAGGAGCAACAUGAGGCAGCAAUAACCGCCUGGCGCAGAUGGACCGGUAGGGAAGUGAACGCAGAGACGCUGCCCUAUCUGGAUCGAAGAUUAUCAGAACGCGUCACACGGGAGAAGGGGCGGAGAGAUAGGCGGGAUGAGGACGAGAAGGACUUUGAGGAAGAGAUGGGCAUGGUCUAA